UUAAACUGUCAAAUAGUUUCAAAGAUGAUGAUGAUGGAUUUUGUUUAGGAAGAGCUUGACACUUUAGGUACACUUUAGUGAGGGUCGCCUGAGAAGACUUAUUCCAUUCUUCGUGUGGUAGCCUAAAUUGGCUAUGUAGCAGCAUGCUAAAAAUAGCUGCCGUUGAGCUCAGGGCUAAGGAUAAAGACUAGAAGAAAUAGGAAACAGCUAGCCUGUUAAAAGUAACAAAGUCCACCAACCAGUGCCACUAAAGCUCACUAAAUUACACAUUUUAUAUCUGUUUCAGCUGUUGAAAAACCCAAAUUAAAUCUGACCGGUUGUUUUUGGUACGGAGCCCGGCUAGUUGUUUACACGUUGCAAGAUGUUUUGCUUAGCUAAGCUAACAGGCUGUUGGCUGUAGCUGCAUGUUUACACGUUUGAAAUGAAUCACUCCAAGUUUCAGAGCGUUCUCUGGCAUAAGCUGGACCGUUUGUGAAUUCGGGGCACUGUUGGAAUACAUGGUUUGAUUUUAUUAGAGCACUAAACAGUCAGCUCUUAAUGAGCAGCUGAAAGGUAAGCUCUAGCUAACUUUAGCAGAGAAAGUGAGCUGUUUGUACGUUUAACGUUAGCUAACUGCUAACUUGUAGCAGUGCAUCUCUAAAACUUAAUUUCAUAAGCAUAUUGUUAGAGUCAUGUGUCUCUUAGCUUUCACGUCAUCCUCGUCACUGUUGUCAGGCUCUUACAGAAGAGCUAGCUAUGGAGCGUACCCCAUCUGUAAAGGCUGCUCGGUGUGCUCCAGAGACAAUGGCUGUGUAAACUGCCAGCCCAAACUCUUCCUGUUUUUGCGGAGGGAGCGGAUGAGGCAGUACGGGGAGUGUCUUCACGACUGUCCAGCCGGAUACUACGGCAUGCGCAGCCCUGAGCUCAACAUGUGCUCCAGGUGCAGGAUAGAGAACUGCGAGUCCUGCUUCAGCAAAGACUUCUGCACCAAGUGCAAGUCAGAUUUUUACCUACACAAAGGGCGCUGCUUUGACAAGUGCCCCGAGGGCUUUGCCCCGCUCGAGGACACCAUGGAGUGUGGAGAGGGCUGCGAGGUGGGCCAGUGGAGCGAAUGGGGAGCCUGCACCAGGAGAAACAAAACCUGUGGCUAUAAGUGGGGUCUGGAGACCCGGACGCGGCACAUUGUAAAGAAACCACCCAAGGACACAAUACCCUGUCCCACCAUCGCUGAGUCCAGGAUGUGCAAAAUGGCCAUGAGGCACUGCAGGAGAGGUGGCUCAGGGAAGCACCGAACUAAAGAACCAAAGAAGAAGAACAAGCAAAGGCUGCGGUUUCGGGCCCAGAACCAGCACAGCGACCACUUGGCCUCUGCGCGCACCAGCCAGUGAGGACUGAAACUACGGACUUCCCAUUGAACAAAAGAACCAACGCAAAGCUGCUAGCCGCUGCUGCACCCAUAUUCUGACCGACGACUAUCCCCCCAAAAAAACCCACCACCUCCCCUAACCUGCCUCCCAGACCAACCCCACCCAGGACACAACCAUGACUCACAAGUCCGUCACUACAGAAGUAUAAGUCUAUAUCAGCAUUACCACACUAAACACACGCUUCACGCCUCUGCCUCCCGCCUGCUUCUCCCCCCUGCUGCAGUGACCAGCCAGGUGACUCUGUUCUCUCAGCCCCACGCCCCCCCGCCUCACCUCGCCUCGCGGACCUUUACAGUUGACAUUACUGAACUCAUUUCCCCGUCAUUAACAAUGUCAUUAACCGUGCAGGGUGAUGGAAGACGGAGAGGGGGCAACUAGAGACUGUGGAGGCCGGAGAGCUUGAAUGGAGGGAGGUGGACAGAGGAGGUGGAGAGGGAGUUGGCAAGCUAAGCUGCUUGCAGAAAAGGGAGGGGGAGGGUGGGUUGAACCAGGGAGGAUAAAAUAAGGAUGGAAGACGAGGAGGCGAAAGAGAUUCGGCCAAAGCAAAGGGUGCCGAUGGACAAGAAAAUGGCAUCUUGAACUGAAAGAGAGUGUUUUUUUGUUUCCUGUAUUUAUGUCAAAGCUACCCUCACCUCCCCCUCUCAGCAGAGAUGGAGCGUUCCCAUGUGUGGCCUUUACGUUAUGUACAUUUUUGAGAGUAAUAUUAAAGAAAUUACCAUGCAUAGUUGCAAAAGUAUUUUAUUCUCAGCACAAACUGUUUACGACCGCUUUAUGCUCUAACUGUAUAGUGUGGAUAAAAAAGAAGAAGAAGAAGAAAUUUAGUUGUUCGAUUAGCAUGGCAACAGACUCAUGUGUACAUAGUUUAUCUAAUUAUGAAAGCUUAUUACUGUAUUUUCAGUAUUGACUCGUUCACCGUUCUAAAUGUUUUAGAGAUACAAAGGUUGUAAUACCGAGCUACAGAUUAAAAUGAUUAAAAAAACAAAUAAUAAACAUAGCCGCCACAUAGCUAUUUCAUUUAUAUGGUAUAUAUUUGAUUAUUUAUUAAUUCUAUUUUGUACUUUUUUUUCUGUUGUUGUGAGAUUUUGAGAUUUUUUUUUUUCUUUUUGCCUCAUACUGUUACUCUUAUAUGCUGAAAUAUUCUUUGAGUUCCCUUAUAACAGUGCAUAUCUUUAACACGUGGAAACGUUUUUUGUCUGAUGUCACGCAAAGUGUUGUAUUCCAUUCAUUUGACCUCAUCUACUGAUUUCAAUGUUUUAAAAGAAGAAGAAGACGAAAAAAAAGACAAACUAUGCUUUGACAUAUUCUAGGUUUAAUAAUUAGGAUCCAGCAAAUGUAUGGUCAUAGGACUGCAUAUGUGUACAUUGUGUUUUAUUAAAAUACAUUUCAUGUGACUGUA